AGUGGAUUUUCCUGAAGCUGUCAUUUCUCUUCCGGGCCACUCGCGUGGCACAUGUUUGCCGCCCACAAAGCGGGGAGAGAGCACGCUGGUUCGCCCGGGAGAAGGCCCGCCCGGACUGUCGAUGGGCUCUUCGGGGAACUUUGAGCUCUUUGGAGCCUGCCGGAACUUGCUCCCGCAGCUCCCGCAGCACGGCUCGGACGUACCGACUGCGCCCCAAGACGCGCGCUGGGCUCCUAGGAAUGUGUAACUUCUUGCCCCUUUGAUCGGGAGCUCAGAGAUGCCGGGUCCUUGACAUAAAGUAACUGCAGUUAUGAUGCUGGAAGCAAAUAAGACUUCAAGACUUACAGUCUUGCUCCUGCUGGAACUUGAGUUUUCCCGAAUCCUUUCACAGUUGAGUUUACUGGGCCCAGUGGUUGAUCGUUUUAAAUGAGCUUCCAAGAGUAGGUCAUUCUUCAGACCCAUUUGGGGGAAAUGGAAGAGGGCAUUUGGCACCUGAAGUACUGUUGGGGUGUCACAAGGCUCUCAUCGUUUCUUCUAUGAGCCUCACCAGUAUGGCAUUGCCCAUCUCAGUUCAGUGAUUGGGAUUCUCAGGGUGGGCCUGGACUUAGGCUGUAUCCCACUUUCCAGCCAUGGGAGGAGAACCUUUGCCUGAUAAUUUUAAAAUCUGAGCACACAUGUGGAGCCCAGCCAGCUCUGGAACCAGUCAAAUGUGUCCCAAAGCCUGGAACUCUUCUGUUGUAGAUGGGAAAUGCUCAAACAUUGUGAGAGAGCUUUGUGGAAUCACUCCAGAAAGACAGGUAAACUGUGGCCUUGCUCAUGUUUAAAGAUAUUUUUCACCUUAUCACAACUCCAGAUCGUCUCAAGUCCUACCUCUGAAUACAGCAGUAAGGAAAGCAGAAACUAAACUGCCUACUUUGGAGUGACAUAGGAUAGAACCGUGGGUACCGAUGGAUGUGGCUGAGAGUCCUGAACAGAAUCCUCGCUCCCCAGAGGAUGAAGAGGAACAGCCAGCCCUUUCUGACGAUGACAUUCUAAGGGAAAGUGGGUCUGAUCAGGAUUUGGAUGGAGCUGCAGGGAGGGCUUCUGAUUUAGAGGAUGAGGAGAACACAGCCAGGGCACCAAGCCAGGAGGAGAGUCGCUCUGAUGAGGAGGACCGAGCCAGUGAGCCCAAGUCCCAGGAUCAGGACUCUGAGGCGCACGAGCUGAACAGGGGUCCGGCAGGCUCCCCCUGUGAGGAGGAGGCAGAUGACGGCGAGGAGGACCGUGCAAGCGACCUCAGGGAUGAGGCCUCCUCUGUGACCAGGGAGCUGGAUGAGCACGAGUUAGACUAUGAUGAGGAGGUCCCCGAGGAGCCGGCUCCUGCGGCCCCAGAGGACGAGGCCGAGAAGACAGGGGCUGAGGAGGAUGAGAAGGCGGAAGGCGCUCCUGCAGAGGAGGGGAAGCCUGAAGCCCAGGGAGUGGGCGAGAAGGAGCCCCCAGAGGCUGCCAAGGAGAAGAAAAAAGAGGACGAUGACGGAGAGAUUGAUGACGGGGAGAUAGACGAUGAUGAUCUGGAGGAAGGCGAAGUGAAGGACCCCAGUGACAGGAAGGUGAGGCCUCGCCCCACCUGCCGAUUCUUCAUGAAAGAUGUUGUGACACCAUUAUCCACUCUUCUUCCACCAAUACCAAAUUCCAUACCACUCAGAGGCCAGGUUAAAGGAAAUUGUACCUGGGGAAUGAAUUGUAGGUUCAUACACCCCGGAGUGAACGACAAAGGGAACUACUCCCUCAUCACCAAAGCUGACCCUUUCCCACCUAAUGGUGCCCCGCCUCUUGGACCUCACCCACUGAUGCCUGCCAACCCUUGGGGUGGGCCAGUGGUCGAUGAGAUCUUGCCUCCACCCCCUCCAGAACCUCCAACAGAGAGUGCCUGGGAGCGAGGACUCCGGCAUGCCAAGGAGGUUUUAAAAAAAGCAACCAUUCGAAAAGAACAGGAACCUGAUUUUGAAGAGAAAAGGUUCACAGUGACCAUUGGUGAAGAUGAACGCGAGUUUGACAAAGAAAAUGAAGUUUUCCGAGAUUGGAAUUCUCGGGUCCCGAGAGAUGUCAGAGAUACAACACUUGAGCCUUAUGCGGACCCUUACUAUGACUAUGAAAUAGAGCGCUUUUGGCGUGGUGGACAAUACGAGAAUUUCAGGGUACAAUAUACAGAAACAGAGCCGUACCAUAAUUACCGAGAAAGGGAAAGGGAACGUGAGCGAGAGAACAGACAGCGAGAGCGAGAGCGCGAACGGGAGCGUGACCGAGAGCGCGAGCGUCGGCAGAGGGAGCGCGAGCGGGAACGGGAGCGCGAGCGAGACAAGGAGCGGCAGCGGAGGAAGGAGGAGUGGGAGCGAGAGCGAGCCAAGCGCGACGAGAAGGACAGACAGCACCGCGACCGGGACAGGGACAAGGAGCGGGAGAAGGAGAAGGAGAAGCCAAAGCCCCGCUCCCCGCAGCCACCAAGCCGUCAAGCUGAGCCACCAAAGAAGGAGGCCGCCUCUGUGGGGCCGCAGGUGAAGCGAGCAGAUGAGUGGAAGGACCCCUGGCGACGGUCCAAGUCUCCCAAAAAGAAGCUUGGGGUUUCCGUCUCCCCUAGCCGGGCACGAAGGCGUCGAAAGACCUCAGCCUCAUCAGCGUCUGCCUCCAACUCCUCCAGGUCGUCCUCACGGUCAUCGUCCUACUCGGGCUCUGGCUCGUCACGGUCCCGAUCCCGGUCCUCGUCCUACAGCUCCUAUUCCAGCCGCUCUUCCAGACAUAGCUCCUUCUCAGGCAGCCGGUCCAGGUCCCGGUCCUUCUCCUCAUCGCCAUCCCCGUCUCCCACGCCUUCUCCACACAGACCUCCCACCAGAACCAAGGGGGAACCGGCACCGCCCCCAGGGAAGACAGGAGAGAAGUCGGUGAAGAAGCCAGUCCCACCGCCCGUCCCACCACAAGCUACCAAAACCACUGCUCCUGCCCCUGAGCCCACCAAGCCAGGAGACCCCCGGGAAGCCAGGAGGAAGGAGCGGCAAGCCCGGUCGCCCCCCCGGAGGCGGACGCUCAGUGGCAGUGGCAGCGGCAGCGGCAGCAGCUACAGUGGCUCCAGUUCCCGAUCCAGGUCCCUGAGCGUGAGCAGUGUCUCCUCGGUGUCCAGCGCCACCUCGAGCAGCAGCUCAGUGCACAGUGUGGACUCAGAGGACAUGUAUGCAGACCUGGCCAGCCCUGUGUCCUCAGCCAGCUCUCGGUCCCCCACCCCAGCCCAGACCAAGAAGGAGAGAGGAAAAUCAAAGAAGGAAGAUGGUGUUAAGGAAGAAAAGCGCAAGAGGGAUGGGUCCACACAGCCGCCCAAGUCCUCGAAGCUCCCGGCAGGCGGGAAGUCCUCCCAGCAGCCCUCAGCACCCCAGCAGGCACCCCCCGGGCAGCCGCAGCAGGGCUCCUUCGUUGCCCACAAGGAAAUCAAGCUGACGCUGCUGAAUAAGGCGGCUGACAAAGGAAGCAGGAAGCGGUAUGAACCAUCAGAGAAAGACAGGCAAAGUCCUCCAGCCAAGAGGGCCAACUUAUCCCCAGACCGAGGUUCUCGGGACCGGAAGUCAGGAGGGAGGCUGAGCUCCCCGAAGCCCGAGCGGCAACGCGGCCAGAACUCCAAAGCCCCCCUGGUCCCCACAGACAGGAAGCGCCAGCUGUCACCCCAGUCCAAGAGCUCCAGCAAGGUGACCAGCGUGCCCGGCAAGGCCACAGACACAGCUGCAGCCAGUGCCAAGUCCGGGAAGGCGAGCACGCUGUCGCGGCGGGAGGAGCUCCUGAAGCAGCUCAAGGCGGUGGAGGACGCCAUUGCUCGCAAGCGGGCCAAGAUCCCCGGGAAGGUGUAGGCCCGGCUGGCCCCCGGAGUGACUCGUGUUUUUAUAUAAUAGGGUAAGCGCAGCCGUUUUGGAUUUUGCAGUUAAUGUCUUAUUUUGGCUGUGAUUCUUUUUAAAAAUUAAAAAAAAGAAUAAAAAAAGUUUCUCAGCUGGAAAAGAAGCCACACACAAAAUGAAGAUGAUGCUGAGUCCCGGCCUCCCCCUCCAGAAGGAUCGGUCCCUCCCGAGCAGAAGUCCCACCAGCAGACAGACAGGCCGGCCUGGACGAGGCGUGGUUUUAUGUAAAUUAUAAGUCCCCGACACGUGGCCCAGCCUGCGAUGCUCUCCUGCCUCCUGUCUCCACCUGCCGGGGCAGCCUCCUCGCUGGGCGCCUCUCCAGCACGCCUCCAUGGGGACGAGACCUGAGCACAUCUUCCUCUCCCUCACCGCCCGGAUCAGAAGUAUAUAUAUAUUCUUGACUCAAGUCUGAUUGGGAAUAUUUCCUGUCUUAUCUGAAGCUGAAGCAUCAAUUUGUUUUAGUUGAUUUAAAAAGGAAAAAAAAAAAAGACCAAAAAAAAAAAAGGCCAAGGGUAUUGGGGUGUCUGUCUAAUGUGGAGGGUCUUUUUUUGAGGGAUCUCCUAAAAUAAAAUAUUUUGAUAAGCA